GCUGUCCUCACAUUCAUGAAUGAGGCCGCCACGCUAACGCUGCCUGACUGCCUCGUUAUCCAACAGGCUCUCUGGCAGACGUCUGUUACAAAUGACGCUUGCGUUGUCGACAGCUGAUGGCUAUUUUGCGUGGCCAAGGGAGCAAAAGAGUCGUCCGGAUAUAAAAUGUAGGCACCGAUGAAAGACACCUGCAGACACACACCGGCACGGAAAUGAAGGAGACAUUAUCGAACCGCUGGCUGCCCUGCCCAGGAUGCCCACCCACUCACUCACUCACUCCAUCCCCUCCACCUCGCCGAACUUGGCGGCCAGCGGGCAGCAGGGCCGACCACUGGAGAGUGGGCGGCCGUCGGGCGCGACGAACUGCUCCAUGUGGUCCUGCCACUCCAGCACGGCCAGCGUCUCCUUCCACAGCACUUGCGAGUAGCUCUCCAGGGCCGGCCGCAGGCUCCCCCUCUCAGCACGGCGUUAAGCAACACGCACAGCCCCCACUUGAUAGUCGGCGCGCCCACCCACACGGCCUCCUCCUCCCCCUCGCCAACCAAGAUGCCGUCGGCCCUGAGCUGCUGCUUCAGCUCGCUGGCGGCGAUGAGGUCGCUGUCCUCCUCAUUCUCGGCCUCCUGCUUGACGGCGAUAUUGAGGAGCACCGAUUCCGGCGGCCGGAACCCCGGGGUGCCCUCUGGAGCCUGAUCGGCGGCCAGGCGGCGGGCCAACCGCAGCGGGAUGAGGGCGCUGGUGGCCGGGUCGAGGAAGGGCGGAUUGGGGCUGGUGGUGGACUGCACCUUGACCGUGUUGGCGAGGUCGAUGAAUCUCACCGACCCGCCAACAUCAGCCGGCUGCUGGGGCGAUGCCGACCGGAGGGCCGACCACUUCAGAAAGACGUUGCUCCAGGCCGGCCUGAGCGGCUGCGAUGUGGCCUUGGGUCAUGAGGUCCAGGGCAUUGGUGACGACCAGUAGGUCUUGUGCCACCGCGGCCCUCUUCUGGGCCGUCCUGCCGCUGUACCGGUCGGCGAUGACCUCCACGCUGUACUCGGCCCGCAGCGGCUGCGACAGGUUGUACUUGGCCUGCUCGUCCUUAGUGUCCAGCAGCAGAUCCCGCUGCUCCACAAACUCCUCUGCAACAGACGUCGAACCACACAGACAAGAUAGAGAGGGACAGCCAGUCAGUGGGACCGUUGCCUGUGUCGUACUGCGUGUGUUGCCUCACACACCUGUCACUCGAGGCAUGCCGAUGACCACACAACACAGUCCACAAGGCCAUCCCACCUCGGGCAUCGUGUGGCGUCGGCGUCCUCGAAGAGGAGCUGCAGAAACAGCGGGUCGCCCUCAUCCUGGCGCAUGCGGUCUGCCUCCCUCUGCAGCCCCGGCCCUAAACGCCGGCAGUCUGC